AUGGAGAUGGAGAUGGAGAUUGAAGGUGAGAAACAGCACAAGUUCGAUGUAGACCUGGGCAACCUCAUGGCUUUCGACUCCAAUCACACCUUCCCCUCUCAACCACCUCUUUCCAGAGAGGACCUCGUCAAGCAGUGUUUACUCAAAGGCACUCACUUGGUUCAAGCUAUCGCAGAUGCCCUCUUCACCUCACCAUCAACCGAAGACGUAGAUGGUCCCCUUGUUAACUUGCCUCCGCCACUAACUAAAUUGCCUAGAGAAAAACAUCUGCCGAAACCUAAGCCUCCUACUAAAUGGGAAGUUUUUGCCAAAAAGAAAGGCAUAAAAAAUCGGAAGAAGGACAAGAUUGUGUAUGAUGAACAAUCUGGAACCUGGAAACGCAGAUAUGGGUAUGAUCGUGCAAAUGAUGAAGAUGCUGUACCUAUCAUUGAGGCAAAAGAAACUGACGAUCCAGAAGAGGAUCCUUUUGCCAAAAGAAAAGAAAAUAAGAAGAAAAGAGUAGAAAAGCAGGAGAAAAAUCGAUUACAGAACUUGAAAGAAGCAGCUAAAUUUGGUGCUUUACCAAGCCAUGUUCAGUUGGCAGCUACAGCUUUGCCUAUAACAGGAACUCAGGCAGCACCCAAAAAAGUUACAAAAGAUGAACUCGGUAAUGUAGCAGGAAUUGCUGCAGCUGCAACGGCCAGUGGUGGGAAAUUUGAUAAGAAAUUGCUGGGUGAAAAGCCUGCAAAACAUGCAGGAAAAUAUCGGAAGUUCCUGCCAGUGGUGGAAGGAACCGGGAUAGGAUCACAAGAGAGGGAGCAAACAGAAAAAAUAUUGAACAAGAUCAUCUCCAAGAAUUCUCAUAACAUACUAAACGUUGAAAAGGCCGUCACAAUGCACAAUGUGAAGAAAGAGAAGAAGCGAAGAAGCGAAAAAGGGAAGGUUUCACCAACUGACAACAAAUUGAAAACUGGGAAAAAGUCUUUUAAAAAGGGAAAUUUCAAGAAAGGCAAGGCGAAAGGGAAAUAG